CUCAGGAAAUCCCUCCCUGGUUAUGGUCUGUAUAAAAGGCAGAGUGAUGUGAGAACAUUUGUUUCAGCGAAGACAAACUACAUCAACAUGACUCAGUUAAAGCAGAAUAAGAUGAGCCACCUUUUCUAGGCAAAGCUGGGACACAAUGAGUCAGAGGAGGAGCAAAGCCCGGACUUCCUUUGGGCCCACAGCGCCCCCUUUCCUCGACUACCUGAAAAACAUUCUGCGCAGGUAUCCAGAUGGUGGGCAGAUUUUAAAGGAACUGAUUCAAAAUGCAGAUGACGGUCAAGCAACAGAAGUGGUUUUCAUUCACGAUGAAAGAAGAUAUGGGACUGAGAGUCUUUGGACGAAUAAACUUGGAAAAUACCAAGGUCCUGCUCUCUAUGCCUACAACAAUACAGCCUUCACAGACGAGGACUGGGAGAGAAUUCAAAUGGCAGGAAGGAGUGGCAAGGUCAAUGACCCAAACAAAAUCGGGAGGUUUGGAAUUGGCUUCAACUCCGUUUACCACAUCACAGACGUGCCAAUUAUAUUCAGCUCAGGACAUCUUGGGGUGAUGGACCCGCAAGAAAACAUUUUUGGUGAAAGAAAUGGAGGCUUUCUGUGGUCCUUGGAGGAUGAAGAGCACAAAGAGGCUUUGAUGACGAUGCAUGAUCAGUUUCAGCCCUUUCGAGACAUCGUUUCAGUUUUAAAAGGAGAAAAAUGGACAAAAAUUAUGGAGGACGAGCAUUUUGCUGGGACACUUUUCAGAUUCCCUCUCCGCGAUGAAAUAUCCGAGAUCUCAGAUAACCUGUACAACUCAGGAAAAGUGGUUGAGCUUUUUGACAGCUUUAUUGCAGAUGCAGAACUGAGCCUCCUGUUCUUAAGAAGCGUGCGCUCAGUGUCCUUACUACACAUCAGCUGCGAUGGGACUGUUAAGACCAGACUUGAAGUAAAAGCCUCCUCCUCAGAAGUCCCACUACAAUCAGAGGAAGACUCAGAUCUUGAGGGUUUUACAAGAUUCAAACAGAUUAUCCUCAAAUCAGAAGAUUACAAAGAAACACAGUGGCUUGUGACAACAUGCACUAUGAAAAAGGGAAUCAUGGAAGAUCUUGAUGUCCUUGCAGAAAAGUUAAGCUUUGUUCCCAGAGUUGACUUAGCUUUUCCCAGCAGCGAGCAGAGAGAACACGGUGAGGGAAGACUGAGCUGCUUCCUCCCUCUCCCGAACAACGAGUCCAACAAGACCGGCCUCCCAGUUCAUGUGAAUGCUUGCUUUGGCCUUACAGACAACAGAAGACAUCUCAAGUGGCAGGAAGAAGAUCAGAAACAUGAUAAACAUGCUUUGUGGAAUGAAUUACUGGUAAACAAAGUACUUCCUAAAGCAUUUGUGGUGAUGAUUCAAGAUGCCAUCAAACUUUGUCAAGAAUCUCGCCUGCCUGUUUCUUCCGUGUACCGUCUGUGGCCUGACAUCUCCCACAUGCAACACAAGGACAAAUGGCUUGAAGUCGCUAGGGAUGUUUUUGAUCAGUUAUUCAGACAGGAUGCAACUGUCCUCUCUCUCGCUAAAGAUGAACGUUUGUUCAUCCCUUUGUCUGAUGCCAUAAUACCCAGCAAUGGUCCUGAAAGUCCAGACAUAGUAAAUGCUGUUAAAAGGACCUUGGUUUUCUAUGGAGAAAAUCUUGUCACUGUACCAGAUCAUGUAAUGAAGGCCAUCGUGACCACUUCCCACACAACCCCAAAGCAAGUAACUCCAGGCUUCCUCAGGAGGGUUUUACUCAGGAAUGGGAUCCAGUACAUUGAUAAGGAGGACAAACUCUGUCUUUUGGAGUUUGUAUUGAGUGAUGAAAAUUACAAGGAGCUUCAGGGUCUCCAGCUUCUUCCUCUCAGCGAUGGCUCCUUCACAUCUUUCACAAACAGAGAGGAGGACACUGCGUUGAUCGACACCAAGGAAUUUCCAAGAACCUUGCUGCCGUGCUGUAAACACCUUUUCAUCUCAAACGACCUGAGUUCCACCUGCAAAACGUACUUGAAAAAGCUUGCAUCAAAAAAUUUCUUCAACGUCAUCAUCCUUGAUGCUUACUGUGUAGCGGAAUACACAAGAAGGUAUUUACCACAUGACUGGAGGCAGACAGAAAAGGCUCUUGUUUCGUGGAACAUCGGGAGCAGUGAACAUCCACCUUCAGACUGGAUUCAUCAGUUCUGGAAGUUUCUUAACAGUCAUUUCAAAGAUUUGAAUGAUUUCACUGAAAUACCUUUGAUACCCAUCAGCCCUCUGUCCAACGGUCAUCCUGUUUUGCUAGCUAAACUACAACAGAAGACAACUCUCAUUUUUCAGAAAACCAGGAAGAGUAGUUUACCAGACCAAAUAGCUCAACUAGUGACCAAAGCUGGUGGCACUGUGGUGAGAGGAAAUGACUGGCUCAGGCAUGCAGAUCUUGAUUUAUAUGUGCUUAGUCCAUCUCCAAGGAGUGUCUUAACGAUCUUAUCAAAUGUAAAUCUUAAACAUCUUUUGAAAUGCCUUAAAUCCGAACCUUUUGCAACCCUGGAAAAGCUGAAAGGCUACCUCUCUGGCCUAGAUUUUCUCUCAAACACAGACAGAGAUUUACUCUUGUCACUGCCCUUGUUCCAGUCCUUGAAAGGCCUCUGCAUGAAUGCCAAAUCAAAACAAGCAGUACUACUAACAACCAGCCCAAGAUUGGCAACAGAUCUGCCACUGCCGGAUUCAUACAUCCAGUGUACUUCCAAGACUGAUGACAGAUUCCUACAGCUGCUCAAAGUAAAGAUCUUGGGACCUGCUGAAGCUGCAGUUGUCCUUGUCGAGUUAAUUGAAAGAAAGUCUUGCAGUGCUGCAGAAACAGAAAAAAUAAUGACUUGGAUUUUACAACAUGGCAGCAUCCUUUUCAGUCAAAGUGAGGUAUUGAAAUACAGAUGCAGAGACUUGAGAUUUAUACAGAGAAACGGAGAACAGACUAGGGUUUCAAGCUUUUUUGAUCCAAGAGUAAAAACCUUUGGAGACAUCUUUGAGGCCAACUUCUUUCCCCCAGCUGUGUACACCAGAACAGAAGAGAUGUUAGAAAGUCUGACAGAGCUUGGUUUAAAAAGCAAAGAAACAGACGUGAAACCGGAGCAUUUAUUGCAAGCUGCCAAAAUGGUUGAAAAACUACAUGCAAACUCUUCAAGUGAGGCUUUCAGAAGAUCUCAAGUUCUCCUUGGUAUAAUGGACUCCAAUGAUCUUCUGUCAGUGUUUUCUGCCGAAGAACUUCAUCACCUCAAGAUGAUAAGGUGGCUACAAUGUGAUCAACCCGGUCACGAAAAAAGACAGCUCAUGGAUGAAUCAGAGAAAACUCAGCUGUACUCCCCAUAUGAAGUCAGACACACUAUGUACGAGCACAUUGUAGGUCUCGUAAUGCCUCUGACAGACAAACUCAGUGAGAGAGUCAGCAGCAAACUUGGUCUCAAACAAAUGCCUCCACCUGAGAAAGUGACAGAAAACUUGUUGGUCCUAAAAUCCAAAGCAAAGGAAAUGACAAACCCAGACACAAAUGCAGAUUUCAAACAAAAACUUCAUUGUAUUUACAGACACAUGCAGGAAAACGUAUCUGCUUUUGCAGCAGUGAUGGACAAAAAGGAGUGCUGGCUUUGGGCCCAUAACCAGUUUGCUUCACCUCAGAAACUGGUUCUUAACUACCCGGGUGGUUUAGAUCUGAGUUCUUACAUUGUCAAAGUACCAAAUGAAUUCCUGCCAUACAAGAAGCUGCUCCAGGAGUUUGGUCUGAGAACAUCACUUUCAGAUAAGGAGGUCAUUGCCAUUCUGUAUUCUAUCCAGAAAAGCAUUGAAGAAAGGCAACAGCCUUUUGCAAGCCCUGCUGAGGUAAAAGUGUCAACAGAGAUUCUUUGCUGGAUAUGGAGACAGAAGAAGGAGGUUCCUGAAGAUAUACCAGUGCUGGUUGUCAUAGAGGAUGAACAGUUUACCCUUAAACCACGGUCAGAGGCCCUAAUCUGUGAUUUGGGCAAAGACAAAUUGAAAGAAUGUAAGUUUAGCAUUGAGGAAAUGUACAUUGUGCAUGAGGAAAUCCCAAUAGCUGCGGCUGAAUGGUUGAAAAUUAAGUUUCUCAGCAACCACAUACUUGCUCCAGAGUCACUAGGAAUUGAACAAUAUGGUCAAAGGGAACCAAUAACCACACGCAUCAAGAACAUCCUUAAAGAGUAUGAUGAACCAAAUGACAUCUUCAAAGAACUCAUUCAGAAUGCAGAGGAUGCUGGAGCUGAUACCUGCAAAUUUAUGAUUGACUUCAGAGAACACAGAGAUCCCCCAGAGAGUCUUAUUGAUCCCGGCAUGUCCCUUUGUCAGGGACCAUGCCUUUGGGCCUUCAACAACAAACAGUUCACAACUGAGGACUGGGAAAAUAUUGUCAAGGUAGGAUCAGCAUCAAAAGAAACCAAAGUGGAAAAGAUUGGAAAAUUUGGACUUGGCUUUAAUACAGUUUAUCAUGUGACAGAUGUGCCCUCAAUCCUUAGUGGCAGCAGGCUUCUCAUACUUGAUCCAAAUGUCACACACCUCAAGAAACACAUUCAACACCAAACAAAUCCUGGAAUCAGACUGGAUCUCUCUCAAAAGAGAAUCUUGGAUUGCUUUCCUGGACAGUUUGCACAGUAUGAGCACAUUUUUGACUGUAAUUUCAGCAGACAAAGUCUUCCUAAACCGUACACAGGAACGUUGAUUAAAUUGCCCUUCCGAAGUGAAGAAGAGGUUCUAAGAUCAGAAAUAAGUAAAAAGGUGUUCUACAAACAUGAUAUCCUUGCUUUGAGGGAUUAUUUCAGGGAAAAUUCAAAAUCGUACCUGCUUUUCCUGAAGAAUAUAAACACAUUGUCUCUACAAAGUAUUUCGUGCACUUUAUCAACUCCACCAAAAGAUGAUGAAAUGGAAACGAUCCUGACCAUCUCCAAAACUGUGGAGGAGUUAAUUACUAUUGAGGAAACAAGCUAUUCAAAACAGGACCAAGCUGUGAAUUCACUCCAGAAAAUCGAUGCAAAGUGCAAAGACAUUAUUGACAGCUGCACACUCAGCAUUAUCAAAAUCACUAGCCAUGAGCAGUUUGGUGAACCUGAGGAGGAUUUCUGGCUCUUGUACAACUGCUUUGGAACAGGUGCAUCCUUGGAAAAGGUCCUUCAAAAAAACAUUACAGCUGUCUUCUCUCUUCCCAUUGGAGGAGUUGCUGUGCCUUUGCAAACAAAUCCAGACACUGGGAAACUGGCCCCUCUAAAUACAGACUUUGUUGGACAGGCGUUUUGCUUCCUUCCCCUUCCAAUUCACACAGGUCUUCCAGUAAACGUAAACGGGGCAUUCGCUGUCACGAGCAACCGCAAAAGUUUGUGGCAAAGUGGAGAGAAAAGGUCAUGGAAUGAGGUUCUUCUUCGUGAUCCCGUAACAACAGCAUACAUCACUGCACUUUUGGCACUGAAGAAAAUGUCUGAAGAGAAGCAACUGGAAAGUUACUACUAUCAUUCCUUUUGGCCCAACAGGGAGAAAGUGAGUGACAGUUUCAAGCCUUUAGUAGAUGAGUUUUACUCAUCCAUUGCUCAGCAAGCCACUGUUGCUCAGCAAGCCACUGAUCUGGAGCUCUUCAGUGAUGGAGAACGCUGGUGCUCAAUGAACAAUGCCAUGUUUUUACAUGAGAGCAUUGAAGAGGAUAUGGACAUUGGUGCACUCGCAGCUCAGAUAUGCAAAGAACAUGUAAAUAAACCCAAAUGUGUUGUUUCUCUUCCAGUGUGGUUAAGAAACAGCUUCAAACAGUGUGGAUUACACAAUAUUUUACAGAACAACAUAAUGACUUGGACAAGAUUUUAUCAAGAGGUGGUCUUUGAAAACCUUGAUGUCAUAGACCCUAAAAGUAGAGAUGCCCUUGUGCUACAUGCUCUUGACCUCAAUAACAAAGACAUUAACACACUGCUGGUUCACCAUCCAUGCAUUCCUACAUCAAAUGGCCAGCUUCAGUGUGUGAAAAAACUUGUAAGUCCAAUGGGAAAAGUGGCCUGUCUUUAUGAACCAAAAGAGGGACGCUUGCUUGGAGGUACCAAAAAUGACUUUCUCUCACCCAAGAGAAUUCAGCGUUUGUUGGAACUUGGAAUGACAAAUGACAAUCUUCCAUUAGAAGAGAUUGCACUGAAAGCAGAAACAAUAACUGACACCUGGAAGGUCAACAGAAAGAAGGCAUAUGAACAUUUAAAGUGCCUUCUUGAAAUAAUGAAGAAACACAUGGAUGACCAAGACUCUUGUUCCUGGGAAACACUGAGGAUAAACGCAUUUAUUCCUGCCUUUUCACCUGGUGACAUAAAGAUGGAAGGAAAAGCUAACCUUUACAAGCCCACAGAGGUUUUCACAGAUGAAUGCUCAAUGCUUGUUAACAUGAUACAUCCUGUGUUGGAUAGCGAUCGUCUGAAGAUACACAAUGCUGAUCCAGUUCUAGAAAUGUUGGGACUGCAGAGGAAUCCAGAUUCAAAGACAGUACUUGACCAGCUUCAGAAAGCAAGUAAUCGAAAAGGAUCAACUGACACACCAAUGCUUCACAAGAUAGCAUACAUGUGCUACAAAUUUCUUGACCAGCGGAUCAGUGAAUGUGACGAUAUUGCCUUAUUUUCACAGCAAGCAAACUCAUUUCCAUUCAUUUUCAUAGGUGAUACAUUUGUGAAUGUCGACCAGGUAGCAGGAAGUGAUAAGUUUGAAGCAAAACCAUACCUACAUGUACUUCCAGCUACCUUUAAAAGUUGCAGGAAUCUUUGGGAGAGUGUGGGUGUUGCCAAAACGUUUACUACAAGUCACUUUCAGACUGUGCUUCACAACAUACAUGCAAAGUAUAAGAGCAAGCCCCUGUCAAAGGGUGAUCUGGCAAUUUGCCUGGCAAUUUUAAAACAAGCCCUACACGAGACAGAUGAGAUAAAUAAAGAUGACUGUCUGAUACCAAAUGCAAAAGGAGUUUUACAACCAGCAAGUGAGUUAUUUUUCAAUGACAGUCAAUGGAUUCCAGUCUCUCCAAGUGUCACCCUCUGUCAUGAAGACAUCCCACGUUCUAUGGCUCUUCACUUUGGAAUCCAAACAAUCCGACAUCACACCCUUGAACGCUUCACAGAUGACAACUUCUCUGCUUUUUCCUUUGACUUUGAACAGCGUGAAGAACUAGCUGUUAGAAUUAAAAACAUCAUCUCAGCCUAUUCGUCCAAGAAGGACAUUCUCAAAGAGUUGAUCCAAAAUGCUGAUGAUGCAGAAGCAACAGAAAUUCAUUUUGUUUGGGACAAAAGACAACAUGGCAAGGAAAAAACAUUUGGAGAGAGAUGGAACCAUCUGCAGGGUCCAGCCCUGUGUGUGUUCAACAACAAGGUGUUUUCAGAUGAGGAUUUAAAAGGGAUUCAACAGCUGGGAGAAGGAGGAAAGCGGGAAACCCUCGGAAAAACAGGUAAAUUUGGGGUUGGAUUCAAUUCUGUGUAUCAUCUAACAGACUGCCCUUCCAUCCUUACUGGAGACAAAUUUCUUUGCAUUUCGGAUCCAAACAUGAAAUACAUUGAAACCCAACCAAACAACCACAAACUUGGCAUUGGCUAUAAACUAGCGGACACAUUCCAGGAAAUGUAUGAUGAUGUCUACAGAUCCUUUCUUCCAGAACAAUUCUUGCUUGAAGAGGGCACCAUGUUCAGACUACCUCUAAGGACAGAAUACAGUGCAAAAAAUUCCAGAAUAUCCUGUCAAGAAGUAACAGAGCGUGACAUGAGAGAGCUGUGCUCUGCCCUGUCAGAUGAUCCUGAAGGACUAAUUCUAUUCCUGAAAAACAUUUGCAAAAUAACAGUACAUGAAAUUAAUAAUCAAUCAGGAAAACUUCAAACUAUCUUUGCAGUGGAAAAGAGUUUGGCACAAGAAAACAGAAAAGAAAAAGAUGUGUUUGUAAAAUCUCUUCAAGAUGCUUUUGAAUCUCAGAGGCCUGUAACUCCUCGCACAGUUUUCUAUAAAACCACAGUUUCUACUUCAAACAAAAGACAGAGCACAUGGCUCAUUGCAGAACAAUUUGGGUCAUCCAAAAGCAGGAAAACUGUGUUUGACAAACCUCCUCAGUGUGCCAUAGCUGCGCUGGUGAGCACAAAGGGAGCAGAUGUAUCUUCGCUUAGCAGUUUUAAAGGCAGAGCGUUUUGUUCCCUUCCCCUGCCUGGGGUCACUGGACUACCAGUUCAUGUCAAUGGAAACUUUGAGGUGGAUUCUGGCAGAAAAAACCUCUGGAAAGAAGAUGGCCAAAGUCAGAAAUUAGAUUGGAAUGAGUUCCUGACUCAAGAUGUCAUUGCUCCACUUUAUGCAGAAAUGCUUCACUACAUCAAGCAGAGAAUUGGAGAGAAGACCGUUUCUCUUGUAAGUCUUGAAACCUCUUUCAGUGCCUCUUAUUUGAAGUUUUGGCCUGUCAUCUCCACAGAUGUUAGCACAGAGUGGCAUGAAAUGACACAUGAAGUGUACAGGUCAAUAAAAGAGAAAGGCUUGGACCUCAUUCCAGUUUUAAGAAGCUCCACACGAAAAGUUGCAAGUCGGCAUUUAAAUGAAUAUACCUUUGACUGGUGUAAUCUCAGAGAAACAGAGAUAACUAAAGUACCUUACCUGACACAUUCUAGUGAUGACAAGAACAAUGACAUUUUGGAAGCUCUCGAGAUGAAACUGGUUCCUUCCAGCAUCCUCAUGGACAAGAUCUGGAAAAGUUUCAAAUCAGCUGGCAUUGAAGUAAAAAAUGUCUCCCCAGCUGCUGUGCGGACUUUCUUACAAGCCAAGCCUCUAAAUGAUCCAACCAAGACAGACGAGGAUUUACCCUUGCCAUUAACUGACACUCUGAUCAGAGAUAAAAGAAGAUGUUCACAGCUUUUGAGCUUCUGUUUAAAAGAUACUGAUUCAGAAAAGAUGAAACACAAUCCCAAUUUACUUGAUGGCAUCCCGCUGCUUCUCACAAGAGAUGAAGUUCUGAGAGUGUUUGACCCUGCAUCUCCAAAACUGAUAUCUGCUUAUGAAAACCUUUUCUCAGACUACAAGGAAAACUUUGCAGAUUAUGAAACUAACAAGAGUCACAUAAAGAUUCUCAAAGCUUCCAACCUUGUCAAUAGCCUGACUCUUCCAUGUGCGGCAAAGUAUUUAAAGCCAUUAAUUCAACAGCAUCUUCAGAAGUGUGACGUUGAUCUAGACAGCGGUCUUCAUGUUCCAAAUGAAGCAAUGGUGCACUGGUUGGAAUCACUUUGGAGGUUUCUUUAUAGUGAAGUUAAACCUCAAACAUCUAAAAAAGAUGGAAAAGCUCAGACUUUGGAGGAUGUCUUAAAGUUCUUCAGUGAUUGUUGCAUUCUGCCUGUUGUGUCCACAAGGUUAAAAAACAAGCGUCUCCUGCAACGGAUAACCAACAUAAGAAGUGUAAUUAAGUUUACAUCAGAGACCAAAAUAACAAGCAUCCUUUUCAAACUUGGUUUUUUAAAGCUAGAUUAUAUGUUCUUUUAUGAAGUAAACCAGGAAUUACUUCGUUUUCUACGGGAUGAACUAACGGAUGUAAAUGACAACAGUUCAGUGCUGGAUCAGGUCUGCAACAUUAAACACUCAGAAUUCUCUCACCUCUCAAGAGAUGAUAUGAUAGCAUUGCAGAAGUUCUUGCAAACUGGCCUGUCCAUGUCCAAAAACAGCAAAGAGGACCAGCCGAAACUCAGAUCUUUGCCUUUGUUUGAAACAGUGCAGGGUGAACGAGUGAGGAUCGAUGGACCAAAAGCUGUUUUUGUGCUCAACAGCACACAUUUAAGGAAAUUUACCGAUUUGAUUGCACUGCCAAAAGACGACAACAUUUUUCUCAGUAACAACUCAGAAAACUAUGAUUUGUCACAAAUGCUGAAAAUUCCAGUCCUGGAUGAUUUGGAAUAUUUAAUGAAGUUCAUUUUGCCUCAUGCCCACAACCUCACAGAGAACGAGAUUCUUCAGUCGCUGAAGCUGUUGCUCUUAAACCCUUCACAAUUUUCAAACUACAAGGAUAAAAUCAUCUCCACAAUGAAGACAGUCAAGCUGAUCCGCAGUUCUCAAGGUCAGAUGGAAACCGCAUCGUAUUUCUUCGACGACAAAAUCGAGCUCUACAAGAAAAUGGUUUCUAAAGACAGAUUUGUGCCUGAAAGGUUUUGGACAGAAUUGGGCGAAGGACUUUUUCCAACACCAAGGACCUUAAUCCAAGAUUUUGGAAUGAAGCAUAAAAUAUCAGAAGAGGAUAUCAUCAAUUUUGCACACCAGUUAGAAUCUGAGGCAAAACAGAGCCAAAAUCUUAAAGAACUGGGAAAAAAAUCAUCGCUGUUGUUGAAAGAAGCACUUAACAAAGUGAAUGCUGACAAAAAGUCAGGGGAAAAUCUGUUGCGCAGCAUUGCCCACAUUCCCUUCCUUGUUCCUAUGAAGAUUCGGAAAGAACUAUGCAAGUAUCACCAAGCAUUUGCAGCCCAGAGAAAUGUUGUCGAAAUUAGAGCCUCUUUGAUUAAAGUGGAUCCAAAACAUCAAGACCUGAUUUGGACCUCAAUGCCGAUUAUAGAUCUACCAGUUAAGAUCACAGGGCAGCUCCUGCAAAGGAUGAAGAAUGUUGGAGCUCAUGAAAAGCCACCAACACAUUUGGUGACGGCCAACAUGAGGAACAUUUGUCAGUCUCCUUGUUCAAACGAGCAGCAGAUCAUAACACGCGCUGAAGUGUUUCGAAGUGCUUACGCCUUUCUGCAAGCUGUAGACUUUCCUGCAGAGACACUGACUGAUCUACCAGUGGUGUUGGUUGAAGAAGACACUCAGCUUGCCAAGGCCUCUGAUGUGUGUCUCUCCCUCAAAGAUGACCUUGAGUUCAGACCUUAUUUACACAAAAUUCCUCCUCACGAUGCUUUGUUUGGUGAGUUUUUUAGAAAGAUUGGUGUGAAAGACGCACCCACAGCAGGGCACUUCUGCAAUGUCCUGGCAGCAGUCCAUGCUGAUUCCAGAGAUAAGCAACAGCUAAACGCUAACCAGCUGAAAACUGUCAAACGAGCUGUUGAGCAGCUGUUUAACUUGUUGAAAGCUCAAGGAAACGCAAUCCUGGCUGAUGUGGAAAUCUUGUAUCUUCCCGCAGUGGAUGGAAAGUUAUACUCCACAUCCUCCCUCUUCUACAAUGACACAACCUUUGAGACCAAAAGGUUGGAGGAAGCUCUUGAAAAUAAGUUCCUGCUGCUUGAGAAACUCAGAAAGUGUCACUUGGAUUGUGACAUCCAUGAGCAGCAUCGGCUGGUGCAGCUGCUACCUUCUAGUUUACAGCCUAAAAUGUUGACCCAGUUAACUCGGGAGGAAGUGAUCGAAUCACUUUUAAAACCUUGUAAGUUCUUGACUGGUUGUGAGUUUAGUGGAUGGUUCAAUCAGCAUCUUUCUUCUAAAGAAUUUAGACAUGGACUUGUAUGUCUUCUUAAGGAUCAGUCUCAGGGCAAAGUAUCCCAGACAGAGGCUUCAGAAAGGUGUGACAGAGCCUUCGGAAGCAUUCAGAUUAUCUGUUGUGAGAGCCUGGCAACAAUGCUGUGUAUGGAUAAUGAGCAACUGGACAAAACUACCAGAGAAACUGAUGUCUUUGUGAGAAGAAAGCAACAUGGCUGCAUAGUUUACUUGAAACACAAUGAAGACAUGGCUCCCAAAGUGCUAAAUGCUAUUAACAUGGCAUUAACAAAAGAGAUGAAUCUUCUUCUUGGCCACAGACUUACAUCAGAGCAUCUCCAAGUGCUUGGACAGCUCCUUCUGUGUGAUGAUCUCCAAGAUGUUCAGAAAUGUUUGGCCGACAAUAAUAUUCAUGACAGUGCGGACACGGAGAGUGUUCUUUUCAAUCCACCGGAUCCAGGUACAGAAAUUCCUGAGGAAUGGCACGAUGCGUUAGACAUGAGCUUCCUCAACAACUUUGAAGAGGGCGAAUAUGUUGGCUACAGGUUAAAUGACAAGUACAUUUAUGCAGUUAUAGCAGAAGAGACUCCUGGAGACGCAGGGCGAUGCUCUCAGAGAUACAAAGUAGACGUUGGACAGAAUGAGUUUGUUGAAGUCAGCCAUCUGGACCUGUAUCAGUUUAAACGGGAAAAGACCACACAUUUGCUUUCUAUGGAACUGGAACCACUGGCAGGGGCCCCGCCACGUUCCUCCAAUAAAUCAUCAAGGCCAUUACCAGCUUCAUUAUCGGAAGCCAAAAGUGAAAUUGACAAAUGCCUGACUGCGCUCUGGAGUCUUUCUUCUGAGGAGAGACAAAAAGGAAUCAAGCGGCUUUACCUCAGAUGGCAUCCUGACAAAAACCCUGACUGCCUUGAACUCGCAACAGAAGCCUUCCAAUAUUUGCUGAAUCGUAUUGACGAACUCACCAAAGGCAAGGGGGGGCCUGCGAAGCAAUCCAGUUCCUGGGGAAACUGGGAUUUCAGCAAUUUCCAUGAGCAAUGGAAUCGGGAGGCAAGAUAUCACAGAAGCAGUCGAGAAAGAUCCUUCAGGGGCUGCAACUCCAACAACUUCUGGACCCACUAUACAAAUAUUCCACGGCAAAACAAAGAGGAGGCCCAGCGCUGGUUCAAGCAGGCUCGCUGCGAUCUCGAUGCUGCUCAGAAAGACUCAGACGGAGAAAGCACGGAGUGGUGUCUUUUCAAAAUCCACCAAGCGGUGGAAAAGGCUCUCACAGCUGCAGAGUUUAAACGUACUGGUCAACGUACCGCCAACAGUACCAUUUCGGCCACAGCUGAAAAAGUUUCCCGCUACCACAGCCUGCUGAGGGAUCUGCCUGAGAUUGUAGACGAUCUAAAGAAGCUGGGAGUGGACAACAGAAAGACUCAGUACCCCAGCUGUCACGCUUUUCCUCACAUUCCAAACGGACAGUUUCAAUCAGAGGAUGGAUUAUGUGCGCUGAACAAAGCCUCUGAACUUUUCAGUAAAAUACAAACAUACAUUCAGUGAACUCAGGAAGACUCAGGAUCUUUACUUGAUGCAUGGCGUUCUGUCAGUUUGCACGUAAAACAUCCUAGAAAGGUGGAUUUUCAUUUAUGAUUGAUUUUUAUCGAGAAUAUGAAACAACUGUAUGUAACCGUUAUAGAAGUUGAUUUUUUUUUUUUAAAGGAGCUAUUAUUAACAUUCCAAUACUGAACAAUUCUCUUUCAUUUGUAUUUUUUGUUGGGGAUGAACACAUUUAAUAUUGUAAUAUUCGUUUCUUUUUCCCCCUAUAUAUUUGUGGACCGUGUACUACUAUAGUUAUAUAAAUACAUACUAAAAUAUAUCCUAGUAGUAAAAUCCUUUUGUGUGAUAUUGAAAAUAUACAAAGUACCAAUUCCAAUAAAACUUUUUAACAGUGUUCAAUCAUACUUGAUUCAUAGUAGUUUUCUUUUAUUUGAAUAUCAGGUUUUUUUAAACUGAAGGUUAUUUUUUCAGAUAAUGCGUAUACUUCUUAUGUUGAUUUUAGAAAGUUUAAUGCUCUGAUAUUUUUUUUUGUUACCUUUUGCAAUGAUACUUUUAAAUGAUACUUUUUUUCUAAUGAGUUCUUUACAAAAAAAAAGGUUUUAUUUGUUGAAUUUGUAAUAUUUGGAGGUUUUCUUAGUGAUGUUAGUUUUUAUGUUCUUUCUAUCUCAAUGACAAAAUGUUCUAGAAUACAAUAGAAGUACAGUUUAACAUUAUUGUAUUUUUCAUGCUUUACUUGCAAAGAAUGAACCAUAAAACUUUUUCCAUAUCAGUUUCUGUUAGAGAACUUUAGUAAGUUCCUCUUCAUCAGUUUGUUCACUGUUUAUUUAUGUUUUUGAGAGAAGAUUUAAAUUCAGUCUGUGUAGGACGUGAGGCAACAUGGGAACCAUUUAUUUACAUCUAACGGUCACUUUUCUGAUUUAUGCAUUACUGUAACAAAAUAAAUUGAUAAAACACA